GCAGGUUAAUUUAAGGUCUUUUUUCCAUCGAUUUUGUAUUUUAGGGAUAGCGGGAAUUUUGCCGUUAUUUUCACUACUUGAACGAAAAAUGAUUAGCAGCGAAUGGACUGCAGAAGACUUUCCAGUGGUCAGGGAAAAAAUUGCAAAUUCACUUAAUGAACGAAUGCGAGAUUGGGAUUCAAAUAAGAAUUUAAUUCUUUCUACUAUUCUGGACCCACACUAUAAACUUUUUUAUUUUGAUGAGUUUCAAUUUUGGGGUUAA